GUUGAGAAACACUGGGUUAAUAGUUAACCAUUUUCUUCAUUUGCUCAACACUUUGAAGCAGAAACUAAUGACAGCGGCUGGUUUGCACAGUACUCUUGGCCAAAAUGCGGUUGGCUUCAUUGUAAAUCCUUGUGCUCUGCAAACAGAGAUGGGGAAUUAUUCUGCAGGCUGCAGCGUGCAUCUCCGUGGAAAAGGGUAAUACGUGCAUGCUAACCAGACCAUGAUUUACUAAAGUAACCCAGUUGCCCAGGAUCAAUUCACACUGAACAAUAAACUAACCCUACGGCUGGAUUCACACAACACCUAGACCACAAACCAGCCAACCCUAUUUUGGCCCAAUGUGUUCUGGAAUCUUAGAAGAUCCUUAGGGUGCUUGAUGCUAGAUGGGAAGAAAACGACAUAUUAACUAUACUUAUCAUGCCCAACCUGUGCCAACUGGAAAUGCUUGGAACCGAAUCAUUGUGCAUCUGGAUUUGGACUGUUUUUAUGCCCAGGUAGAAAUGAUCUACAAUCCUGAAUUAAGAAGCAAACCUUUAGGUGUGCAGCAGAAAUACCUGGUAGUCACCUGCAAUUACGAAGCCAGGAAGGUUGGUGUGAAAAAAUGCAUGGGUGUGGAAGAAGCAAAAGCAAAGUGUCCAGAUCUGGUGCUGGUUAAUGGAGAGGAUCUAACAAAAUACAGGGAAUUCUCUUACAGGGUUACAGCACUGUUAAAAACAUUUACUCCACUGGUAGAAAGGCUCGGAUUUGAUGAAAAUUUUGUGGACAUCACUGAAUUAGUAGAAAAGAGACUGAUAGAGUGGAAAAAAGCAGAUUUUUCUAAAAUCUCUGUUUGUGGUCAUGUAUUUAAUAAUCAGACUAUCAAUUUACACGACCCGAUGCACAUAAGGCUCGCUGUGGGAUCUCAGAUUGCAGAGGAGAUGAGAGAUGCCAUGUACAGCGAGCUAAGGCUCACGGGCUGUGCAGGAGUGGCCACCAAUAAAUUCCUCUCCAAGCUGGUCUCUGGGACCUUUAAACCAAAUCAGCAAACAAUUCUCCUGCCUGAGAGCCGUCAGAACCUGAUGGCCAGCCUUGACAACAUAAGGAAAAUACUGGGGAUUGGCUUUAAAACAGCAGAGCGCCUCUUAAAUCUUGGGCUCUGCACUGUGCAGGAUCUCCAGGUCUGUCCAGCUGAGAUCCUGGAAAAAGAACUGGGAGUUCCAGCUGCACAUCUCAUCCAGAAGCUCAGCCGGGGAGAAGACCACUCUCCAGUCGUCCCAUCAAGAGAUCCUCAGUCUCUCAGUGAUGAGGACACCUUUAGAAAGUGCUCUUCUGAAGCAGAAGUUAAAAAGAAAAUUGAAGAAUUGCUCACUAACCUUUUAGACAGGUUGUACAAGGAUGGCAGAAAGCCACAUACCAUCAGAUUAAUCAUCCGUCAGUUUUCUGAUACCAAUAAAUGGUUUAAUCGGGAGAGCCGUCAGUGUCCUAUUCCAUCUCACUUGGCCCAGAGGAUUGGAACAGAGGACACCAGUGUAAAGGCUCACCUCGUUUCCAUUCUUAUGAAACUGUUUCGAAAAAUGAUAAACGUUGAGGUUCCGUUUCAUCUAACCUUACUGAGCAUCCACUUUUCCAACCUUAAAGCCCCACCGGCUUCUUCUAAGGAGUCUAUUCAAUUUUACCUGACUCGGUCAUCACCUACUUCAAGCUGCAACAAAGUCAUUCAUACAGCUGAAGACAGAAAGGCAGAACACACAAGUAUGGAACAUCAAGAGGAGUUCAGUGAUGCUUUACCAGAAGAAAGCAGCACAAGAUGUGUGAAAUCUCAGCUACAAACCUCUUGUCUGCCAAAAGCAAGUGAUCUUGAAUGCCCAAGUCACCUGCUUCCUGCUGGAGUAGAUUACGAUGUGUUCAACCAGCUUCCAAGUGACAUUCAGGAGGAAAUAAUCUCUAGCCAAAAGAAGGACAGAGAUUCCACAGUGACUUUGUGGAGCCGUGGAGUAUCUGAAUCGAGGGAAGAAUUACCAUGCCAUGCAAAAGCCAAAGUAAACUAUGUUCCCCUGCAUUCUGGAGACCUCUCUCAAACUACUAGGGCUCUGGCAUUUCAUGGCAUGGCGCCCAUCAAUGAAGAACCACCACUAGAAAGGCAAAAUCCCCCUGGAGAAGACUCUUCCCAAAAAGAUUGGAGAGAAGGCUCAAAAGUGGUCCUUCCUCCUUCUGUUGAUCCAAAAACAUUUUCCGAGCUGCCUGCUGAGAUGCAGAAAGAACUGUUGGCAGAAUGGAAGAGCCAAAAAUCUGUUUCCAAAAUGCACGGCAGCAAAGUUGGGAUGCUCCAAGGCACGAAGAAAGGGCAGACUUCAUCUCCAGGGUCAAACAGUUUGCUACGCUAUUUCAAACCAAGAUGAUUCCCAUGUGUUUUUGGUGUAGAGACUAUGCUUGUAGAUGCAGUGCAGAUCUGGAGAUGGAGGCCUACCUUCAGCCAAACCAUAUGGUUACUUUCUAAGGUGUAACUGUUUAAGAAAGUAAAUGGAGAAAACAUUUUUUUAAUUUCAUCUAUAUAACAUACUCUCAGGUACUGUAUUUUCAAAGAAUACUUCUCCAGGAUAUCUUAAAGCCAUACUGGCUGGGAAUUUGGGGAACUAUCACCCCAGAUACAUCCAGAAGGUACCAGGUUGGGAAGGACAAGUUCAUAUGUGUACAGACUUGCAAAUGGAACAUAGAUAACCCACACACCAUUUUGAUAUUUAUGUACAUGGCAUGAAAAUGGUUACCCAUCUCUCUAAAAUCAAGCUCUCUCAACAUCUGGAGAGUAGGGAGAAGCAAGGGAAAGGAUGUUGAAAUAAAAAGUCCCAG